AUGUUGCAGUUAAAUUCUGCAAAUUUGCUUCCUACAACGAGCAUUAAACCGUUUAUACAGUUCAGCGAUGGUAUCGGUACUUCAGAAUCUUCAAAUAUACAGACAAACAUUAAUAAUUUACCAAAGUAUGAAGCUGGUUCCCCAGGUUAUCUACAAAACCUUUUGCCUAAACCAAGCCUUACCGGAAGUCCAUCGUCGUUUUUCCAACGAGGAGAUAAUUUCGGCUUUUUCUUUGGUCAUCAAGGCCAAACCUUCAACCCUAUACCAUCGUUUGAAAAAAUUUUCAGCGACAGUGACAGCCACACAAAUGAGAGGCCAGAAAACCAAGAACCGGAAGCUAUGGUAAAUCAGCAAAUGAAAACAAUGGAGAAAGCCGACCAACUAGGACAAGAAAUGCAAAUGAUGUUGACCGCACCCGCUUCCAGGCUAACAGCUCUGAACGGUCAGUUAGAUCAUAGCAGUCGCCCUGGCAGCAGCGUUCCGCAAGGUUACAAAAGUAGUGAUCCGAAGAACGGCAUAAACCACAGACUAAGCGAACUACAAUCGCUUCAAAACUAUGCAUCGAUGCUUGACAAUACACGUGUCUCACAGAUGGGAAACACCCAACAAUCAACGUAUGCGGAGGCAUAUAUACCCGCUUUAUUCACUACUGAUGACAGAUCUAACAUUUCAUCGCCGCAUGAUCAAAUAGUUACCACAGAAAAUCCAAGAAGUUCAGGACACAGAAGUGAUUCACCUUUGACGCUUUUCAACCUUAUCUAUAUUCUUACAAAAUUUCUAACUGUAAAAUUUAUUACAAACACUAUUUUGCGUUAA